GUCAUCUACCACGUGCGAGGCAGGCAGCGGCAGCAGCAGCGGGCAACCGUCCUCACCGCCACGUGCGCUUCGCCGCCCCAUUCAGGCGGAUGUCCGCCACCGAGCAAAUGGACGAGCUCAUGGGUGUGAGCGCGGGGGAUCCCGGCCGCCCUGGGUCAGCGCGGCCCCGCUGGGGCUUGGCCCUUGCUGGCGUGGCGGGCGGAGCGAUACUCGCCGUGUACGCGCUGUGCCUGCCCUUCGUGCUGCCCGCGCUGCGCCGCGUGUGCCUGCCCUUUGUGCCGGCCACGGACGCGCAGCUCGGCAACAUCCUGAGAGCGCUGGGACCCGGCAGACGGAGGAGACUCGUGGACAUCGGCAGCGGCGACGGCCGGAUCGUGUUGGCGGCAGCGCGCCAUGGGUUCAAUGCGGUGGGAGUGGAGCUGAACCCAUGGCUGGUUUUGUACUCGCGGCUCGGCGCUUGGCGAUUGGGACUCAAGGGUUCGGCAUCCUUCCGCACGGUCGACCUAUGGAAGGUGAACUUUUCUGAGUUCAACAAUGUGGUGAUAUUUGGGGUGCCUCAAAUGAUGUCUCAGCUGGAGGAGAAGCUGGAGAAGGAACUGAAGCAGGAGGCCGAGGUCAUUGCCUGCCGUUUCCCAUUCCCGAGCUGGGCCCCGGUCCGAGUGGAGGGUGAGGGCAUCGACACGGUGUGGGUGUACGAGGCCACGGCACUGAGGUCUGCACCACCUACUGAAGACAAGGGUCCUUUCCCUGGAGAGAAGGAUCCAUUAUCCAAAGAGAAGGAUGCUUGCCUUGGAACACAGGCCAGAGAGAGCUAAUAUCGGUGUUUCUCGAAUUCAAAUUCUUCAUCGGUGGAUCCCUGUCGCUGCGUCUGCACGACUAAUAGGGGGGAGCAACCCGGCAUGAUUCACGAACAGUUCCUGGGCCCGGACUGGGUUCUCAUGGCAGCCUUAUUGGCUCAACCUGGCACCAAGUAUGGCCCGGGUGCUGAUAUCAAGUGGACCUGCUGAGAACAAGAUUCAUAAUGAGCUCACGUUUUCACCUGGGCUGCCUUUGAAGCAGUUGUGACCGCACUGGAUCAACACGGAAAGAAAGAUGUGCAAAAUGUCACUUGCUUAGUUCAACAAAAAGAACUGUUGUCAACCCACGUGAAAGAAAGUUUGACUGCAGUGUACGUGCGAGAUCCAGGAGCUGCGGUUCAAGUCCUGGGGGCACUGCCAUGCUCCCUGUGUUUUUUGUAAAUGUAUUAUAUAAAAGUCAGAGAUAAUACUGCUAUCAUGUAUAUAUGUUGAUUAUCAUGAAAAACUAAAAUUAAUACAAAAUACUUUAUUAAGUUACUUUAUUAAGUUACUUUAUUAUGUAUUUCCAUGCCUGCCAUUGGGCUAGCGGAGUUGAGCAUCGUGUGUGGUGCCAUUGUGUUAUGUGUCACGGCAAUUAAAAUCAUCCCAGGGAAACCCCUAUGAAAGCUCUCAAUGAUCUC